GAAGAAAAAAAGUUUCCUCUCGACAAUGAGUUACUUAUUCCCUAACAAAGUCCUUUUAGAACAUUCAUACCGAUAGAUCGUGCCACAAUCUGACUCAGUGCUUGUUCAGCUGCUAAUAAUUAACGCAAUUUUUCUUUUCUUUUCUUUUUCUUUCUGUUCUCUUUGCUUUGUCGCUUGGGUUUGCAAGCAAAAUGUCGGCAGUUGACGAAGCAAACCACAAAAAGCGGAAGUUACCAGAGGUAUCCGAGAUCGAGAUCGACGUCUCUGCUCCUGAACCCCCAUCGAAAAAAGCGUUGCGUAAAGCAAAGAAGAAAUCUGCCGAGGCUCCACCAGAGACUACUACUAGCGAACAUAAAACGGAAGUCGCUGCAGACCAUGAAGAAAAUUCCAAGAAACGCUCAGACUACGGCAUUUGGAUUGGAAACCUAGCGUUUUCUGUUGGUAAAGAUGACCUACGCAAAUUCUUUACAAGCAACUGUUCUUUCACGGAAACUACGAUCACUAGAAUACAUUUACCGAAGCCAUCGGAAAAGAAUGGUAGAGCACAAAAUAAAGGAUUCGCAUAUGUUGAUUUCUCCAACCAGAAGGCCACGACUGAGGCAUUGGGGCUGAGUGAACAACUCCUAUCUGGGCGCCGUGUGCUUAUAAAGGAUGCAAAGAAUUUUGCCGGUAGACCAGAAAAGUCUCAACAGGAAAAUCAGAAGGCUGGCGCUGCUGGGUCGGCCUCUGGUAACCCUCCCUCCAAGCGUAUAUUCGUCGGCAACCUUAGCUUCGACGCCACAAAAGAGACCAUCGAGGAGCACUUUGGAAAAUGUGGGACGGUUGCACAUGUACAAGUAGCGACUUUUCAAGACUCCGGAAAAUGCAAAGGCUAUGCCUGGGUGACAUUCGAAGACCUCAAAGCCGCAGAAGCAGCGGUGAGAGGCUUUGUUAUGGUUAACGAAGACGAUGAAGAUGAAGAAUUACAUGGGUCUGACUCCGAAAAUAACAAGAAGCCGAAGAAGCCGAAGCAAAGAAGGGUAUGGGUAAACCAGAUUUUGGGUCGACGUAUGCGGAUGGAGUUUGCAGAAGACGCAACAACACGGUACAAGAAACGUUUUGGUAAGGACGGCGAAGGCAAGAAAAAUCAAACUACAGAUAUUAGUGAGACAGGGCCCUUUGAGGACCAGGAUGCAACCGGAAGACCACCUCAACGAUCGCGAUCCGCAAGGACUAUGCAGGAAAAGACGGAUUACUCAAGAUACGACAAGGAAACCGUGCAAAAGCUUAGUGGUGCCAUUGUUGAGUCUCAGGGAAAGAAGACUACGUUCGAUUGAAAUGGCCAAGAUUUUUCUCUUCAAAGAGACAAGAGAAUAGCUUGUGGCUAUUACAAGUGAAGAUAUCAGUACCCAGGAGCUCCUCAAUGGGAGAAAAACGAACUACAGGCCCGAGAGUUGUUCAUGAUUUUAGCUUCUCCCAUCCCCAAGGGUCUGAUAUCAUUCGGGAAGCCUUGAUUUUACAUGGUAAUGAUCAACAGUUUGCUCCUAUCCGGGCGUUUGUUGACCCAGCUGGCGAAUAGAUCUCCAGAUUAUUGAUACCCAAGGAGCAGCAAUCCGUAUCUAAGCCAAAUAGCUGACAUAAUA